AUGUAUGAGGCAGGGCCGUUUGUAGACCUGCAGAUAGCUGUUGGUGUCAUCAUCAUGGUACUGGGCUUCCUGGGCUGCUGUGGAGCCAUUAAGGAAAACCGCUGCAUGCUCAUUCUGUUCUUCGUCGGGCUGCUCCUCAUCUUCAUCCUCCUGUUGAUCGCCGGAAUCCUGGGAGCUGUCGGAGAGAAGAAGUCUCAGGUGUGGGUGAAGGAGAGUCUGGCGAAGCUGCUACCACUGAAGGACCAGAAGCCUGAAAUUCAAAUGGACCUGCAGAAACUGGAAGUGGAGGCAAAGUGCUGUGGACUGAUCAACGGACCCUCUGACUGGGGCUCCUCUGUCCCCAGCUCUUGUGACUGCGUUGACACCGCUCAGGUGUGCCAAAGUGCAGGCGGACGCAAAGUGUACUCAACGCCUUGUGUCAAGUUUGUGACUUCCUUCAUGGAGAAGAACGCAAUCAUCGCCCUGGGGAUUGCAUUUGGUAUCGCAGUCUUGAUGCUCUUUGGAAUGGCCUUCGCCAUGACCCUGUACUGCCAGAUUGGGAAGAGGGACGCCAACACUACCUAAUACAGCAACACGUGAUACACUUGAUCUAAGGUUGUGGUCAAGUUGAAUUGGAAGUCAUCAAUUCAGGAAGUCAACAGAAACAAAAAAAAACGGAAUCUAUUUUCAAUGAUUUCUCAAACUGAAAAGCAGAAGUUAUUUAUUACAAGUUUUUACAUUAGAAUUUUCAUACAAUGCUCUUCCUCAAUUGACUGACUUCGAUUCACAUUGACCCCAAUCCUGUCUUGAUCAACAGCUGGCUUUGACAUAUCCCAUACAGCAUGCAUCAUGUAUUUGUUACUGAACGUUGGGGUUCAAAUCCAGUCAAUUCAGGAAGUACACUGAAAUUCCAGUUCUCUUCAAUGAGGAACAUUUGGAAUGCAAUUAGGUUUUGCUUUGUGAAUUGACUGGACUGGAAAUGGACUGGACUCCCAACCUGCUGAACAUCACUAUGGACCACAAUGCAUCAUGUGUUUGUUGAUCUUAUUCCUGCACCAAAUGAUGCUCUGAUUUGGAUCUCAGCUCUUUGUUAAAUUCUGUCAGUUUCUUCACUUGUGAAGUUGAUUGAUCCGUUCCUCAUUGAACAUGAAUUUGUGUAUUUUUUAAAGGAUCUCUGUUUUCAUUAUCUACUGCUCUGUUUCUCUCACUGAAGGAGGGGGCUUCGCUGUCCAUACACUGAACUUUGUAUUCUUCAUGCUAAAAUGUUGAAAAUAAAUUCCCAUUUUAUUGCUAUCAUCUCGUAGAUAUUAAAGUCUGACGGUAAUAUUGAUCACGCUGUGUAUAUACAUUUACCUGUUAUAUAUUUGAGUUGUAUAAUGAUUGCAGUACAUGUCAGAAUGUCUUCUGUUCAAGGCCUGUGUCCAAUGGCUGUUCCCCUUUUUGAGGCACAUCAGAAAUAAAGAAGUAGUAAUUCA